CGAAAAUAUCUAUCUUCCUUGGAAGUGUGGGAACUUGGAGGGGAUUCCAAUACCAAAGUGUGGCAACUAAGCAUGAUGUGAAACAAGAGGAAUGGGAUGCAGGGUCAUUGGGGCGAUCGAUCCAUCACGCAAACAUAUAUAACUGGCUAGUGAUGCAUCGUCGAGCAGUGGCUAUAGCUGAUAUAUCUACCGAUGGCAGGUGUCACAUGGGAUUCUUCACAGGAGACGAUGAGUCGCCGGUGGAGCCUCGCCGGCAUGACGGCGCUCGUCACCGGAGGAACCAAGGGGAUCGGGCUUGCCAUCGUGGAGGAGCUGGCCGGGCUGGGCGCCAAGGUGCACACCUGCGCACGCAACGCCGCCGGCCUGGACAAAUGCCGGCGGCGAUGGCAGAGCAAGGGCCUCCACCAGCUGGUCACCACCUCCGUCUGCGACGUCUCCGUGCGCGGCGACAGGGAGACCCUCGUCGGCACGGUCCGCGACCUCUUCCACGGCAAGCUCCACAUCCUUGUCAACAACGCCGGGCAGUCCCUGUACAAGGCGGCCGCGGACACCACGCCGGAGGAGUAUACCCGUCUCAUGGCCACCAACCUCGACCCCUGCUUCCACCUCUCGCAGCUCGCGCACCCGCUGCUCCGGCAAGCCAGGGCCUCCUCCGUGCUGCUCAUCUCCUCCGUCACCGGCUACAUCGCCUACCCGGCGCUCUCGGUUUAUUCACUCACCAAGGGGGCCAUGCACCAGCUCGCCAGGAGCCUGGCCACCGAGUGGGCGACGCACGGCAUCCGCGUUAACUGCGUCGCGCCGGGUGGCGUCGACACCGAUAUCUCCACCACCACGCUCGCCACCGACCCAACCAUGGCGCGGAGGCUCGCCGACAUGGAGACGGCACGGGUGCCCAUGCGCCGCUUCGGCAAGCCCCACGAAGUCGCCGCCGUCGUCGCCUUCCUCUGCAUGCCCGGCGCAGGGUACAUCACGGGCCAGGUCAUAUGCGUCGAUGGCGGACGCACAAUAGCAGCCAAGCUAUGACUUCUCCUCAACAACAAAUAUUAUGAUGAUACAGAGGGAGUACUUGUAAAUUGUAAUCGUGAGAAGCUGCAUCCAAGGCUACAAGCUAAGUUUUGCUUGAUUA